AUGGAUACUGACGAUUCCAAACUUCAUCCACUCCUUAGAGCAGAGGAAGGACAAGAGCCAGAAUUUAUUAAUGACGGUGAAUUCGAAAUAACUUGCGGAACACCAGAGGGCGAUCAGCAGUUCAGCCUUCAAAUUUUCUAUACACAACAUGAAGAAUCCCAGCUCGAAAGAAUAAGACUCGAAUUAACAAAGGAAGAAGAUAUCUUCUAUAUUGCAACAGUUACAAUCGAUCAAGAAGCUUUUAAUCAGAAUUUCGCGAAAACAUUCAAAGGCGAUUUCUCGCAAUUCCCAGUUAAAAUCAAACAGCUCAUACAGAACGUUCAAACCAACCGCACAGUGUUCACCGCCUUCUUUGAGGAAAAUACUUUAACAAUCAAACAGAAACUCCAGUUCAAGACAGUAAGAAUUUUGGAGCUUAAGUUCGAGUUACUCCAGCCUGAUGAUGAUUACGUCGUUGAUGUUGCUCAAUUCCGCUAUGAUAAGAAGAAAACACUCACAGAAGCUCUUGAAGCUUCAUAUGAUCAGCUCUGCAAGCAUGUUCAGAAGCAAAAUAAGCAGCUCUAUCAGCAACUUGUUCGUGGUCAAGAUUUUAACGCAUCUCGCUCUUUGAGAUAA